GAAAACAAACAAACAAAGAAUGACAUACCUACACCCCAUACAAAAAGACAUUGACGUUGACCUAAAAGAAAGAUGAUUGACCUUUUAAGCCCAGUGACUGUUUCCUGGUUAACUGGACCAAAUGCCACUCAUUUGUCAUCGACUAUCGCAGUUUGUCAAAGCCUAUCCAGUAUCCAGCAAGGUUCUGUGGUGUGUCGAGUUGUAGAGAAAACAUGAUCUCAACAUAUUCAGGUGUCAUGUCAUUAGGAUGGGCCAGUUUGUUAUUGGUAGUUGGCGGUCUGAUUGCAGGCAUGAUUUUGAGUCCGUUGAUAUCAGGCUGGUUAUCCGCUUGGGAAUCGGCCAGAGCUGAUUCCCACAACACUAAGCAGGUCUACAGAUACGAUGUGUUCCUAAGCUUCCGUGGUGACGUCCGCUGCACUUUCGUCGCUCAUCUUUACCAACAUCUCAUUAGCAAAGGCUUUUCCACAUUCAUGUUUAUCCCGAGCUAAUGGAUGCAAUUAGAGAUUCGAGGCUUGCUAUCGUUGUCUUCUCUGAAACAUACCCCACCUCAACGUGGUGUCUCGAUGAAAUGUCCGCUAUAGCUGAUCGCCGCCGACAAAAGAAACAAAUUGUUUACCCAGUUUUCUAUGACGUUACUUCUUCUGAUGUUGGAAGACAAGCGGGCCCGUACAAAAAACACUUCAAUGCAGAGCAAAUGAGUAGAUUUCCCGAAAAAAGGGUUAAGCGAUGGAGGAAGGAUAUGAAGUAUUUGUCCAAAUUGUAUGGAUUUCCUUUAAUAGACCACAGAAACAGACCAGAGACUGAACACCUGGAAAAGAUUAUUCUUGAUGUGGCAGAGAAAUUGAAACAUAAAUUCAAAUUAGAAAUCAAAGAUCUAAUUGGGGUAAAACCCCGUCUAGAAGAGCUACAAGGAUUACUUAAGUUGAAAUCAGAGGAUGUUCCUUUUCAAAUUCUUGAAAUUUGGGGCAUGAGCGGGAUAGGGAAGACAGUUCUUGGUAUGAUCCUGUUCGACAGAAUCUCUUAUCAAUUCGAUGCUUUCUGUUUUAUCCAGGAUGUAAACCAUAUUCAUAGAACGCAUGGCAAAGGGGCUGUUACUGAGAUUCAAAAACAAAUUCUUCAUCAAAUUUUCCAGGAAAAAAAUCUAAAAUUUUCAAGUCCUCCCGAAAUAGCCAAGAUCCUACAAAAUAGGCUAUGUAACCUAAAUCUCCCUAAAAAGGCUCUUAUAGUUCUUGACGAUGUUAGUGAUCCAAAGCAAUGGGAUGAUUUGGGUAUCGACCAUAAUUUACUUGGGAGAGGAAGCAGAGUUGUCAUAACUACUAGAUUUAAGCAUGUUCUUAAUGUGCCUACAUCGUAUGAAAUUUACGAGGUUCCACUAUUGAAUGAUGAAGAAGAAGCUCUUAAACUUUUUCAAACAAAAGCCUCCAAGAUUGGUUGUCCUAACCCCACUGUCCAUGAUGUAUCUCGAAAGGUAGUAGAAUAUGCUCAAAGUCUUCCUUCAGCAAUUGUGGAACUGGGUUCCUACUUCAAUCAAAGACCUGAAGUGCUCUGGGAAGGUUACUUGGAGAGAUGGAGAAAAUAUCCAAAUGAAGGAUAUAUGAACUCGCUGCAGGAAACAAGUUAUACAGAUCUGAAGGGAGAUGAGAAGAUAAUAUUUCUAGAUAUAGCUUGUUUCUUUGGGGGGAAAAGGAACAAGUAUGUCGAGCACAUUCUAGAGAGUAGAAUAUCAUCAGAUCCUCAUCUUGCAAUUCAAGAGAUCUGGAGGAAUUCACUCAUAAAGAUUAGGAACGACGAAAUUCAUAUGCAUCAAAUAUUACGAGAUUUGGGCAAGAAAAUUGUUCGGGGCAAUAAUACAGAAGAGCCAAAAUGCUGGUCUAGAUUGUGGGAUGCCAAGGAUUUCCAGAAAGCCUUGAACACAGACAUGCAAGGAAACGCAGUCCAGGCCAUAGUUUUGGAUGAAGAUGUCUCAAGGUUUUUCAAGAUUGAGAGAGUGUCGCAAAUGAGGCAUCUUAGACUGCUGAUAUUACAUCAGGAGAGCCCCUCAGGAAACCACAUUUUUUAUUUCAAUGAGUUAUCCUAUCUUUCCUGGGAUGGUUACGCUUACGCUUCUCUGUCACUAUCCAUAUGGUUUAAUCUUGUUGAAUUGAAUUUACAAAACAGCAGCAUCGAACGACUAUGGGAUGAAGAAGAGGAAAUUCCAAACCUAAAAAGAAUGGACCUGAGCAACUCAAGAAAUCUUACAACCACUCCAAAUUUUGUACGCUGCCAAGGACUUGUGCGGCUGGAUCUUAGUGGAUGCACAAACCUAACUGAAGUCCACGACUCAAUUCAACUUCUCAGCAAACUUGAUUACUUGAGUUUGCGAAAUUGUAGCAGUCUACCCAUUCCUGAUUUUGGCAUUAAUUGUCAGUUAGUUUCUCUAAGAACUCUGCUGCUCUCUGGCUGCAACUUCAGGCACAGGAGGCCAGAUUUGACAAGGCUUUCAAAACUUAGCUACAUUGAUUUUUAGCGAUGUAUAAAAGUUUGUCCGAAGCAUGAGCCUUUUGGG